CGGUCGGUUUCGGCGCCUCGUGAAAAUCGUUUAGAAAGUUAGUUAGUUUGGGUGCGUUUAAUCGAAUGCGCUUCCUGAGCUAAAACGCGGAUUUGCGACGCGAUGCGGCGCGACAGGUGUCAUAGCAACACACUCCGGAGAUAGUUAUUGAACCUCUGGCCGUAAAUAAGAGCGGAACCGUGUCAGCCAGCUAUCGUCGCACUUUCACCCACAAUUCUUUGGCCUGACGUCGCACACAUUUCCCGAUUACCCCAGCAAAGCAUCGCUGAAAAGCGCGUUGAAAACCCUCAGAUUUAUGCCCACUUCGCUUAUUCUUUUCAAGCGUAAUUUAUGCCACGCGAUUCUGUCCCGGUUAAAUCAAGCAGAAAGCUCCUUUCUCGCAUUCCUCCUCUUUUCUGAAGGUGGACUAUGGGGAGACUGUUUAACUUAAGUGUUUCUAUAGGGGGCUGUUGUACUUUAACUCCUGCCCACCAGUAGCUGCGACGAACAAAGCCGGGACUCGAGGUCUGACUCUUCAUCUUUCUUUGCGCUUUAAUUUUCAUUGAUUCUGAAUACAAGGGGAGCCCUCGGGGACUCUCUCUGAAGACGCGGACAGCCCCCCAAGCCAACCAUCUGCUCCCAACCAAAUGGCGUUUUUUCACAUCGCCGCUGCAUGUCUCCGCUGCUUCUCCGGGCAGCGCGCAGGCUUCUCCAAAUGAGACUGGAAGCACGAGCCCGUGAAUGCCGCUGCUGGGCCAUAUGGUUAGGGAAGCUGCAGUAAGUGGCCGUGGGAACACGGGCGGUAACGAGCGCGGCAACGGCUCGUGGGAGAGCGUCCGCCGAUCGAUCGGUCGAAUUAAGUGGAGCGCGAAUGUUAAACGAGCAUUCCUGUGUGCGCAACAGGAGACGCGGAGGCAUCGCGAAUACGUUUAAAGCUUAUUUUGCGUUCGGGAAAAGGACAAUGCACUGUAGUGAGAGUAGGUCCCCCCAUCAUGACGCAGCAAGGACUUGCGCUUAUUAAAAUAACAAAGGACGUGUCGCGUGGCUCGGGUGGCGCACUCAUUAUGGAAAAAAGCAGCAUCGAGCAAGAAGAAACGAUAAAAACGCACUGCGAAACAGAUACAUAAGUUUGAUCAAAACCGGUUUGCCAUCGAGUACAGUGAUGCGCGCGAGCUGCUGUUCCGAAUAGGCAGAGUUUCGAGUAUACGCGCGCGCGCGCGUGUGUGUGUGUGUGUGAGGGAGAGAGAAAGAGAACAGGAGGGGUGAGUGAAUUCUUCAACAGGCUUGAGGACUGUCGCGUGCCAUCGUCCUUUAGGGAACAUCUGCCCCUUUCCCUGGGGUGGUUUUGUUUAUGUGAGAAACGUUGGUUCAAAGAGGGAGAAAAAUCAAUAAUUGACCCAAAACUUGUGCGGCUCAUGUAGGAUACAUUGGAAUCCCGCGUCUGCCAAAUGUGACAACACAUCUGUUAUUUAUAUUUAUUCAUUAUAAAGGAACACGCUGAUUGGCUGCUGAGAUCGCGCGCCGGAACAGGAAGUGAGCGCAACGUUGUAAACACUAGCGGGUCCUGCCUCCGUAGCAGCCCCGCGGCUUUGAGCGAGAGAGCGCCUAAUGCCCGCUAAGUCAAGUAUUCGUGCUAAACUGCGCGUGUCAUUCAACCGAAUAGUGCAUGAAGUUCAGUCCGGCCGAAGAUGGGUGUGAAGGGCUUACAGUACUUCAUGGAGACGUGCUGCGCAGACACUUGUGUGCCGGUGGACCUGAAGCAGAUGGCGGUGGAUCAUGCCAGAGCCCAUCCGGACGGACCCGCCACACUCGUAGUGGACGGAAUGGCCUGUUUAAGAUACUGGUACCGCUGUGAAGCUUGGGUCCACGGCGGCCAGUGGCAAGAGUACAUGCACAUCCUUCAAGAGUUUGUGGAUGAGUUCACGGCUGCCGGCAUACGCUUGGUCUUUUUCUUCGAUGGGACGGUCGAGGAUCAAAAGCGCGCGGAGUGGGUGAAGAGGCGUCUGAGAGUCAGCCAAGACAUCGGCAGGAUAUUUCACCACGUCAAGACUCACGGACAGCAGCCCGACGGCGGAGACCUUUUCUGCCUUCCCUCCGGACUCGCGACCUUCUCCAGGUUUGCCCUCAAAAGCCUCGGCCAGGAAACGCGGUGCUCCGUUCGUGAAGGAGAUUACGAGAUUUCCGACUACGCUUUGUCUCGCGACUGCAUGGGCAUCCUCGGUCAAGAUUCGGACUUCGUCAUCUACGACGCGGUUCCGUACCUGUCCGUCAGCGAGCUCAAUUUAAAGGACAUGACAACGGUGCUGUUCUCCAGAGAGCGCCUGUGCCAGGUUUUGAAGCUCCGUGUGACUGACCUUCCUCUCUUGGCCUGUCUGUUGGGUAAUGACGUCGUGUCCGAACAGCGAACGCAGCGUCUCCGCAACGGUGCUUUGGCAUCGUUUCGAAAGAAACACAGGCAGGUUCAGGGAGACAAGGUCUACGCUGUUGCAGACUUCAUCAACGUUCAUCAUCCCAGCUCCGGGGCAGCGUUUGGUCUCUCCUCACUCUCAUUAGUUGAAGAAGAGAAAGAAGCUUUAGAAAAAGGCAUACGCGUAUAUUUGCUCCCAGGCCAAACGUCCCCUUGGUUAGAAAGCAGCCGCCCCGUUCAUAAACCUGUGUGUUUGAUGGGCAAGUAUGCACCGGCUGAAAUAUUACAGGCAGCGUUAGAGAAGCACACACGGGCAGAGGGUUUCCUGGUCUAUAAUGUGUUGUAUGACGGAGUCGUGGAGUGCAGUAACACGUUGGAGGAUGAGGAUGAGGUGGAGUUACCCCCGCAGGCCAUCUUAUAUCUGCCCGUCCGAGAACGAAUCUACGGCCUUUUACUGCCAGUGGUUCCAGAUUGCUCUGGUCAGACUGUGUCAGUCAAAGAAUGGUUCGUCUUUCCAGGAAAUCCACUUAAAGAGCCAACCAGAGUCACUCCAAAACCCCUUAAUAGUCUAAAACCCGAUCUGAUGGCUCUGUGGUUUGGGACGGAGCCAGAGGUGAAAGCAGUUCAAACAUCAACACUCCUGGAUGUCUUUGACCUGCAUGAGUUUAAUGCAGAGCUGAAGCGUUUUGACAGCCCUUCGAUUGCUGUGAUUUGUCUUGUAACCUACAUCGCUGUUCAGGCGAGACAGCUUUCCCUGGAAGACGUAGAUGCGUAUCUAAGCCAGGCUGUUUGUGUCAGACUCAAAUCCUUCAGAGAAAUGCAACAGCUCAGGACCUCUGUUGUGGACCCUAGGGCCGUCCAGCUCGGCUCUCUCUUUGUGCGGGGUCUGACCUACCUCAUCGCAGCCAACACUGCUUGCGGUUUCCCUUUCCCAAUGGGUGAGCUCAUGCCUUGGAAGACCUUUGAUGGCCUGCUCUUCCAUUCAAAGUAUCUGCAAGCCCACUCAGGCUGCCCGAAAGAGGAGCUUCUUGAAGGAAGUUCCUCUGGGAUGGCUUUAUUCACGUCCGUCAGAGAGCUGGUGCUGGACGCCUGCAGGAGGCGCGGCGUCUCCGUCCACAGCCGACCGCGCAGACUACAACACAGAGAUGCGAGACCCGUGGAGGCUGAUGAUCUGCAUCAAGAAAGAGGACACCAGCUCCAUCACAGCACACAGCAGGAGCCCAGACAGCAGCCCGGAGCUUCAGCACACCACCAGCAUGGUUAUAGACCAAGACAUCCAAAGAGAGGACGAUAUCACCUUGCACCUCGAUGGCCCCAGUCUCAAAACUAAACAACCCUGACUGAUGAGAAAUGAAUUACUAGGCUCUUGUGGAAACAAUUGUCACCAACAGAACAAAGCAUUUCAGAUGUUCAUGCCCAUGUCCAUGUUCUUGCCUUAAUUUAGAGUCUGCCCUUUUGUUUCGCCUGCAGACGUGGCAGACGUUUCUGCAGUAUCAGUAAAAAACAUCAAAUUGUACAUGCAUUUUUAACAGUCAAACAGAGCAAACUGUGACCGGUGAUAUCCCUGAAAAGCUUCACAGUAUAUCUUAUAGUGAGAUUACAGUCUUUUUUCCCCUUCCAUGUGGAUGAUAUGAAUCAGUGACCAAAAUGGAAGCUUCCUAAACUGUGUGCCAAACCCAUUCAUUCUGCUCAGACCCUAAUUAGUAUCAGAUGAUCUCUUACCUUUCAACUGCUGGUUUGGCGUUGACUCCAGUUGUUCGCAAUUACAAAGAUUAUUUGUCUCCCUCAACACAUUCGGAUUCUAGUUUUUCAAGCAGCCAUUCUUUAAAAAAAAAUUGUUAAUGAUAACGUGCGUGUCAUUUCAUCAGAACUUGCGGUUGUGGUUCUGGCAUAUCGUGACCAACAUGUACUUCAUUGAUACCACUCUGAUACUCUUUCCAUCAUGUCUAAAAGUUCUAGCAUUACAGUUUAUGCACUUUUUAAUGUCACGCAAACAUUAAAAUCUGCCUAAAAUAUUGCCUGGAUUCUGCUUAUUACAUGUCCGCCGAAUCUUCACCUUCAGCCAGGGUCUGAGGGCACAUUUUUAUUCUUUAUUCAUUAAUCUGAUUAUGAUGAAACUCAUGUCCCAAUGCCAAACGCCAAAGAAUUUAUUGCUCUCCAGAUAAUGAUUUUUUUUUUGGUCUUUGCCCUGGUUGUGAAGCAUUGCCUCUGCUGGUAUUGUUAAACACCCCAGAGCGGAAAUAGGAUAUGGAGAAAGUUCCACAGCUUAAGUGGUCAAAGCACAGCUCUUCCCCUUAUCUACAGAGAACGAAAGCCACAGGAAUGAAAAACAGUACUACACAAACACGUGACUUGGCUAGGCAUGGCAAGAGCUUAUAGGCACAGCAGGAAAUGGAGGCGACAGAUUUACUCAUCCAAAACAGAGUGCAGAUCGACCAGUUUUUGGCAGUUAAAAAGCAUUUGACAUCAACAGUUGGGGAUCAUUGGACAUUGAAAACCAUGAAAUAAUCAGUGAAGUCUAAAAUAUGAAUGGAAAAUUCAAGAUUUCAAGAUUGAUUCUAGAGUAUCAAAUCAUCAUAUUAGAAUUAUUUAUGAAGGAUUGUGUGACGCUAAAAACAGCUUUGCAUCUUUACAAUUCAGUUUUGCGUCUCAGGAAUACGUCGAAUUUUAACAGUUAUAUAUUUUACAGUAUUAAGUUAAUAUUAAGUUUGAACCACAUUUUUUGCAAAAAAACAUAAUGCGGCCUUGGUGAGCAUAGAGGCUUCUUUUAAAAAACCUUAAAAAUCUUACCAAGCAUGAUCAUUGCAGAACUUCGUUUAGCUCAGUCAAAAAAGUUUAUAUGUUAUCGCUGAACAUCGGUUUCCUUACAGAGAAAAUGCACAUGAUUUUUUUUUUUUUCAUUUCCGGAACCCGGCUGCGGUGCUUCACUGAAAAGGGCUGGGAUGUUUCUAUGCAAAUGUAACGCUGAAUGAAGUUAUUUUUAAGCGUACAGAAUCAUUUCCUGUGCAGCGUUUUGCUUUGAUUCUAAAUCUGUUUGCUCAGUCCUGGCACGACCGGGUGCCAAUUGUGUAUCCAGUGCUUUUUUUAAACUGAAUAAAUAAAACCGCUAGAUUAGCAACACUCUA